AUGAAUACAUUCGACUCAUCGGCGCCGUCUCCGACGGGUCCCAGCAACUCUGAAGGAGCAAACCACAACCACUCAUCGUCACGCUCUCCCACAGAUUCAGCCCUGUCAUCGUCCCUCGGCAGCACCCGGUCCCACUCAAGCUCCUCCUCCCGAAAUCAUGCACGCAACUCGAACCCAGUCCAGACCUCAAACCAAUCCACCGAGUCCACGCCAAUCAACGCAGCCGGUCCCGCGGGGCGCAACUAUCAGUCCACAGGACAACCAGCCGCCUCGCAGCAGAAAGACCUUGGCUUAAAUAACCAGAACUCUGGAAAUGGAAAUCAAUCAGCGAACCAAGACGCGACCCCCGAGCCCCAUCACUCCUGGUAUAGUCGCUUCGCGGAACGAUAUGGCAGCCUCGAGCUAGAGAAUAAAGGCAGUGUGGCCCGCGACCACCUCGCAUUAGAACGAACCUUCCUAGCCUGGAUGCGCACCUCCUUAGCUUUCGCCUCAAUCGGCAUCGCAGUAACGCAACUAUUCCGUCUGAAUAGCACCUCCCCAAGCACACAUGCCAAUUUCCUCGACCCAUCCGGCUCGCACCCUGGUAUUCUUUCACCAGACCUCGCAUCAGCUGCUUACGAUUCCGCCGCGUUCCACACUUCCUCUGCAUCUGCUCGUCUUCGUAGCGUGGGUAAGCCCCUCGGCUCGACUUUCAUCGGAGUCUCGAUCAUUAUACUUGCUGUUGGAUUCCAUCGCUACUUCCAGAGUCAGUAUUGGAUUAUUCGGGGGAAGUUCCCGGCUAGUCGGGGUAGUGUGGCGGUUACGGGUUUAAUGGCCGCUGCGCUGAUUGUCGCUACUUUCGCGGUCAUCUUGGCUGUCUCACCAGGGGCGGUUGAGACCUAA